UGUGGCUGUGCUAUUGGGAGAGCUAGGUGCUGCAAUCUGGUUCUACAGAGCCAAAGAGAUGCCGAGAGAGCCUGCGUGCCUGAGGACUUCAUAGCUGCAUAGAGCAGCUUUGUACAUCCAGCUAGCCAGAAGGAAUAGCAGCAGUUUUUGCUCUGUUUUGAAUUGAAGCAGUUUUCAUGAGGAUGCAGUUUAGGAGAUGAGUGGUCUCAGGGAGGAGCAUGCUGUGCUGUGUCAGAGGGCAGUCCACCUCAUCACCGACCUUUGCCACAAGAAAAGCGUCGGCUUGGACCUCGAAACCUGCCGGGAUUUCUUGCUAUUGCCGUCGGACCAGAGCCCUAGCAUCACCGAUCCAGAGCUCUCGAUCACCCUCCUCGCUGUGGUAGUUAUCGUGUGUGGCCUGGCCCUGGUGGCAGUCUUUCUCUUUCUCUUUUGGAAGCUCUGCUGGGUGCCCUGGAGGAACAAGGCCCUCUCGUCGAGCGACGCCGGCCUCGCCCCACCCUGCCAGGCCCCCACUGGAGGCGGAGACUUCUUGAAGGACAGCAUGGCGACGGACAAGCUCAAGGAGCAGAGCGGAAUGGGCUUCCUGGAGGCAGCGGUGAAGAUCAGCCACACCUCCCCGGAUAUCCCUGCCGAGGUGCAGCGCUCCAUGAAGCAGCACAUCACGAGACACACCCGCAUCCAGAGGCAGUCGACUGAGCCAGCGUCCUCCACAAGGCACAGCUCUUUCAAGAGGCACCUCCCUCGGCAGAUGCAGGUCUCCAGCCUGGACGAUGACACGGACCUGUACGCCCACGAGCAGCCCACCAGCAUCGGCCGCAUCAAGCCGGAGCUGUACAAGCAGAAAUCUGUGGACACGGAGGAGUCCGCCAAGGCCAAAGGCAAGCCCUGCGGCACCAUCAACUUCUCUCUCCAGUACGACUACGAGAUCGAGGCGCUGGUCGUGCGCAUCCUCAAGGCCUUAGACCUGCCCGCCAAGGACCUGUGCGGCAGCUCGGACCCCUACGUCAAGAUCUACCUGCUCCCCGACCGCAAGUGCAAGUUCCAGACGCGCGUGCACCGCAAGACGCUCAACCCCACCUUCGACGAGGCCUUCCAUUUCCCCCUGCCCUACGAGGAGCUGGCAAGAAGCAAGCUGCACCUCAGCGUCUUCGACUUCGAUCGCUUCUCCAGGCAUGACAUGAUCGGAGAGGUCAUCCUGGACAACCUGUUCGAGGCCUCCGACCUCUCGAGGGAGACCUCGCUCUGGAAGGACAUCCAGUACGCCACCACGGAGAGUGUGGACCUGGGGGAGAUCAUGUUCUCUCUGUGUUAUCUGCCCACUGCUGGGAGACUCACCCUCACUGUGAUCAAGUGCAGAAACCUCAAAGCCAUGGACAUCACUGGAUACUCAGACCCGUACGUGAAGGUGUCCCUGCUCUGCGACGGGCGGCGCUUGAAGAAGAAGAAGACGACAAUCAAGAAGAACACGCUGAACCCCACCUACAACGAGGCCAUCAUCUUCGACAUCCCUCCUGAGAACAUGGACCAAGUCAGCCUGCUCAUCUCCGUCAUGGACUACGACCGGGUGGGGCACAAUGAGAUCAUUGGGGUGAACCGUGUGGGGAUCACGGCCGAGGGGCUGGGCCGAGACCACUGGAACGAGAUGCUGGCGUACCCCCGCAAACCCAUCGCUCACUGGCACUCCCUGGUGGAGUCCAAGAAAUCUGUCAAAGAGUGGCAGGGUCGUACUGCCAGCUUCGACAGCCAGUGCUCCUGCCCUUCCCCCAAGCCUCCUGCUACCCCCUGAGAGAGACCCAGAGAGAGGAGGAGAAGCGAGAGGAGCUGCCCUGGCCAUCACCGCCAGCACGGCUGUGAACAUACUGUACAGUGUCCCUGUCUGUCUGAGGAAAAAGGAAAAACACUCCCUCCUUACCUAUCCCAGCUUCACUUCCACAGAGAGACACAGAACUCUCCUCAAGCACACUGCAAUUGCAGACUGAACUCUCCGCACAGUGCUGGUCCUGACAGCGCAGGAACGAGAGCUGGAAUCCUCCGAUAACCCACGUUUGCACUCCCUUGGGUGGAUAUUUUUUGUAUUUCAUUAAUCCUGAAUGUGUGUUAAAGGUGUCAUUUUCAUUUUAAAAGCUGUAGGUCUCUCCCAGGACUAAGCUCAUGUAAUACGGGAGAAUCUUCUCUCUCAAGGUAUUUCUUCCUAGAUCGGGGCUGUGUUCACAGACUAGUGAGUUAUUUAAAGAAAGUCUUUUUAAAAUGUUUUUGUUGCUCUUGAUGGAUUAAAUAAAAGUUUGGAUUUUCAUUAAAAAAACUCGGCAUUGGGAAGAGGACAGGCAUCUGACCUGGUCUGCACCGAAGGGGUCUAAAGGGACAGAGAGGAGCGAGACAUACAGAAUCAGUUUUAGGAGACGGGGAAGGUUACCUGAGGCAGAAGCAGACCUCGCCUCUGGGAAGCAUUGCUAAUGUUUGAUUUUUGAUUCAAUCUCCACGUUCACCCUGAGCUCUUUCACGGAUGGGAGAUGGAAAUUCACAGCUCACAGAAUUGAUUGGGUUUGACAGAAGGGAUUAUGUGUUUGGAAGAAUUGCUUUAAAAAGGAGCGAGAUAACCAGGGAAUGGAAAUCAAUUUUAGCUCCAUCAUCGCUCUGUUCCCCUUUUGUUAUCUUCUUUUGGUCCUUUUGCUUUUCUCGUGAUACACAGAUAUUUAAAAUAAAGAUUAAAAAGUUGCAUCCUGGUACCUAAACAUCUUCCUGGACUGUAGGUCAGUUUCACUAAAGAGGUCCCGCUUUAAUCAGAUCGUGUAACCUACAGCACCAGGAAGCAGUAGUCUCUUUACAUUUGUUUUGUCCUUGAAAAAUCUGUAGUAAAGGAAUCUCGUCAACCUCAAGGGAACCUUUUUUAUGAAAGAUCUCUACCUCACGCCUUCAGGAUUACACACUUCAAUACAUCUGAAGCGCGCAAGGGGAAAGUGAGGUUUAGUGAACGGGCGUGCAUCGCGGCACGUUUAAAAGAUGGGCGUGUGACAAUAUCAGGGUUGACUUGACGUAUUUCAACCUGCCUAAUUACUGCAGUGAAUGAUGCAUGAUUGCAUUUUGACUUUCAUCACAGAUCAAUUUUUUACCACACUUUUGGAUGCCAGGGUCAGAAUUCAAGUUAUCCAA